AUGAACACUCUAAUGCAAAUGGGUCCGAUGAUGGUUAUGGAAGGUCCAAAUGGUAUUCAUCAUCAUCAUCAUCAUCAUCAGCCGUUUCCUCAGCCAUCUCAGCAUAUUCCUCAAACACCUAUAACUUCAUCCAUGAACAGAUCCCAACGAUGUGGUGUAUGUCGUGGAUGUCAGUGUAAGCCAUGUGGCCAAUGUACCUAUUGUCAAGAUUCUCCACAAUUCGGAGGUCCAGGAGUCAAAAAGCAAAGUUGUAUAGAAAGAAGAUGCUUAAGAGUUUUAGAAAAUAGGCUACAGAGAGAUGCUCCAACCUUCAAGGCGCGUGUUGGAUGUAAUCAAUGUGAAGACUGUCGUAUGGCAGAUUGCCAAAUAUGCUUAGUCUGCUUAGACAGAAGAUUUUUCGAUAAUCGCUAUAUGACUGGAGCUAUGUGUGCCAAAAAACGUUGCAACAAUGCUACAUCCAUAGAACUUCCGGCUCAAUCGCCACAAGCUAUGGCUGAAUAUCAACAGCGACAGGCGCAAAAGCGUGCUUAUGAGCAGAGUGCUGCUUCUAAUCAAUUCCAUGUUGAUAUGAAGCGUCGUGUAGAAAUGGGAUUCAAUGGUCAUCCUGUUCAGGUUCUGUUCCAAUUACCUCAAGGAGCUCAGCAACCUCCUCAGCAACAAACUCCUCCACCACAACAACAGAAUGGCAGAGUUUUGGCAAUGAAUCAAUCAAUGAACUACGGAAUGCCUCCAAUGUCAGCAAUGCGCAUGCAGCCAAUGCAGCCUGCCGGAGUACAAUCAGUAGCUCAAUCAGUUCCAAUGGGCUCAUGUCCAUCAGUAGCUCCACCUACUACAACCAUGCAACAAGCUCCAAACGGACAGCUUAGCAUGUCCAAUGGCACACCAAUUGGAUUAGAUCAUCAACAACAGCAACAACAACAAGUGCAAGUUGUUUCAUCUUCAUCCUCAAUGCCUCCACCACCACCUAGUAAUCAAAUAACUUAUAUGAUGCCCAGUUAUGGUCAUUCAUCUCCUACUUCAUUAGAUUUUUAUGAUAUAAAGCCAUAUUCAUUUGAAGAAAUUCAUAUGCACAAUGGUGAUCCAUUCAUUCCUCCCAGCUAUGCUCCAGAAAUGAAAAAUGCAGUUGUGUUGCAGCCACUUUAA